AUGUGCACGGACGAGAACAGCGCACCGCACGCUGUCCGCUACCUCAAUGCACAGCUCGCUGUAUUGCAUGAGAACGCAGAGCGGUGUCUCCAAGAACAUCCCAACGCUCGGACUGAAAAAAACAAGCAUUUCUAUGCGUUGGCAGAGUUCGCCGUGCAACGGCCUGCCUCCGCCACGCAGAUCCCGUCUGAAAAUGAUUCCCUUUUCUAUGCCUCCUUCCAUGCUCCCGACCUCAAGUUCAUAUGCGAUCACGACGUCUUCUUAAAGCUUUCCUUCGCUAACGGGCACAUUGCGGUGGACAGCCCCCGCAGUGGCAGGAGUCAAAUUGUUCCCUUCCCGGCUGACUUCGAGGUUACCUACCGCGUCAGCUUCAGGACUCGUAGGAUCGUCGGUAACGACCAGAAGAUCGGCGACUACGGGAGUGCGAUUGAGCUUGUCAUUCUCGACCUUGACAGCAAGUACACUGCUUCCUUCUUACCGCUCUUACUGAUAUCAUUGUACUUAACAGAGGCUACGCUGUACUCCGUCGAGCCCGAGCUUCCCUCCGGCCGGGACCAGCUUACUAGAUUCAUGACGCAGUACCUCGAGCUGCUGCACAGCGCGGGGAACCACGUCCUCUUCUCACUCCCGCAGUUUGACCAGCGCGCCGCGCCGGGCAACGUGAAGUACUCGCUCAUCGGCGAGACCGAAGCAUACUACGAGUGGAUGGAGAGCAUGCACGGGGUCACUGUCGACCAGAUCAACGGGUACAUGUCCUCCAUAUGGCUCAAGUCUGCGAUGCUCGCGCGCGGGAGCAUGACGAGCGACAGCACCGACUGGCGUCCCCGAUGCCUCGCCGAGUUCACCCGGAGCGAGGGCGACAUCCAUUUCCGCAUGCAGCUCGGCGCGCCGAUGGUGAAGAUCCUGUGCGAGCGCGAAAUUGUGAUUUGGUUCGAUAUCGACGAGCUCGAGAUCUUCGAGGAUGGCGACUUUUCCGCUGCCCCAGACCGACGCUUCUCGGGAUGGAAGGUCGCGAUGGUGGUCAACGCCAUCUACAACAGGGAUGCAGCCGGUCACACGGUCACCAUUGUAUUUGAUCUAAGCAAUGCUCGUUAUCACAAGGCCCUCUCCUCCUACCCCGGCCUCGACGAGACUGACGACAUCACGCUCGACUACUACGACCUCAUCAUCGCAUUCUUCUCCGAGGAGUAUCUCCAGAUACUCUACAACGCGCACUACCACAUUCUGUACUCGCACGACACGCGCUGGGAGACAAUCCGCAAGAUGCGCUUCGACUCGCAGGAGGACUCGGAUGGGUCCUGGUGGAGCCUCGAGCUGGGCGACUCAAGUGGCGUGUCCUCGCGCGAGACGAUUCAGCGCACGAAGAUGUUCGGCUUCGACCAGGUCACCGCGGUCUCGCAGGGAUCGCUUAACGCGCAGUUCUCCGCGACCUCGUACGUGGCGUUCCACAGCUGGGCGUUCGAAAGCUACUUCUCGGCGUCAUACAAACCGUUCUCGCUGCAUCUGCUGAGCAACAACCGCGCGCUUGUGUGGGUGCACCUCGCGAACGGCAACCUCAAGACCCUGAAGGACUGGGCGCUCUGGGAUGGAAGUGAACAAUAUGAAUUCCGCGACUGGCGUGUGGCUUUCGAGGUCGAUCUCAAGAUGUGCUCUCAGAGCGAACUGGAGGGCGCGACUUCUACUACAUACACCUCUUCACAACAGUUUGAGAGACACGGUCACAUGGCAGACCGCGAGCUCAGACAUAUCUAUCUCGACUUCCAACAUGCGGAAUAUGUCCACGACUACUCUAACUUCGGCGACAUCAAGAACAUGGGCGGAGACAGCCGGUCCCUCAUCCUCAAGCUGCAAGCGGUCGUCUUCUAUCUCACACAGCACUACUUCCCCGCAUUGUGCAAGGACGGCAUGAACGUCAUCACGAGUAUCCCCGUCUGGAAAGAGGGGCACCGAUCCCUGCCCUCUUACGCGCUCACAGACGUCACUUUCCAUGUCUACUCGAAGGUCGAGAUCACCCGCCACAACUGGACGCAGGUCACCCCCGGGCAGGAGCCGAUCAUCGUUGUACUGGGCACGACGGGUGGACGUCCGCUGCCCUCGCCGGAGCUCGAGUUCUCGACGGGAUGGAUCGUGCAUGCGAACCGCGGGUUCUCCCAUGGCACCAUCGGUAUCGCACGCCGCGUGUUCAUCGAGGAACGCCUCCUUACCCUGCUGUCCAACGUGAAUUCGUACACGACGAUGAUCCCCGUUCUCCUCGACCCUUCGCAAGGCUUCCAUGGGCUGAGCCUGAAGAAGUGGUCGGAACACGACCAACGCAAGGACCGCCCGUCGAAGUGGGAGCUCCUGCCGUCCGACGGCGAGGGCUGUCUGAAGUACCUCUGGGAGCACUGCGAGGAAUGGCGCUACAAGCUGCGCGGGAACAGCAACCUCAUGAGCUCUACUCAGGGCAUCUCUUGCGUCACCCGAAACUACGUCGAGCUUCCGACUGCCGUCAAACAAGGCGCCCUUCAUAUCAAGAUCAGCGGCAAAGUCGAACUUAGCCUUACCCUCCAGGUUGGGAAGUCCGAGUCCCAGACCGCGAGCUCCUCGGUGAGCUGGUCCACAAAUGUCACGGUUCAGACCAUCGGCAGCGGAAUCAAGGUCAACACGCUCGGCUCGCACGACCCGGUAUUCGCAAAGGGCCUCACUCCUGACAACGCAGCGCGGUUCCGGAGCCCGAUGGACAUGCUGCGCGAGGCGUUCCCGGACAAGGUCGACCUCGACGAACUCGUGCAGGAGAUCCGCGCGUUCGAGGGCCCCUGGCAGUACUGCUACCCGCUCGCCAACCCGUACUCUCUCGCGAGUCCCGUGUUCAACGACGACGGCGAUCUUCUGUUCGAGCUCCGCAGGCACGGUGUCUCGGCCAUUCGCGUUACUUCGGCAACAUCCCCCCCUGCUGCGCGGAUUGGGCGGAGCUCGUCCCCGGCGUUUGGGCGUCGGGCGCACUCGCGCACGCGACAGAGUGGCGGCAGGACGUCGCCUGCCCCACACUCUCCUACGCGCUCCCCUGGUAGGACUAAACGUUGA